UAGUAGUAUUAUCGAAUAAACCCCACACGCAAUCUCAGACUGGCAAACAACCUGUUCUCCUCUCUGCAACACUCUUCCCAUUAUUCAGACGCGUUUUCAUUCAUUUUGACGAAGGAUUAGGUUCUCUUUGCGCGUGUCCCAUUCUCUUCUCCAAUUAUACGUAGAUAUAUAUAUACAUAUAUAUUAGAUUAACAUAAUUCGAUGGAGGUUAAGCUAUGGAACGACAAGCGCGAAAGAGAGAUGUACGAUAAUUUCGGGGAGCUAUUCGCGAUUAUAAAAGUUACAGAGAAGCUCGAGAAGGCCUACGUGCGCGACAUAAUUUCCCCAUCGGAAUACGAAGUCGAAUGCCAAAAGCUGAUUGCCCAUUUCAAAACUCUGUCCUCCACGCUUAAAGACAUCUUACCUAGCAUCGAGCGUUUUCACGAUACGUACAAGAUGGACUGCCCUUCUGCCCUCAACCGCCUCUUGGUGUCUGGAGUUCCGGCCACUGUUGAGCACAGAGCCGCCGUGGCUACAUCGGCCAACACAUCUGCCGCCACUGUGGCGGAAUGCGUUCAGAAUUUCAUUACAGCCAUGGAUUCAUUGAAACUGAAUAUGAUUGCAGUUGAUCAGGUGCAUCCUUUGUUGUCUGAUCUGUCAGCUUCUCUCAACAAGCUGUCGAUAUUGCCGCCUGAUUUCGAAGGGAAGACAAAGAUGAGGGAUUGGAUUUCGAGGCUGGCGAAAAUGGGAGCCGCGGAUGAACUCACGGAGCAGCAAGCUAGGCAGCUGCACUUCGACCUGGAAUCGUCGUACAACUCGUUUAUGGCGGUGUUACCUACUCUCGGUACAUAAUUCUUGAUUUUGAGGUAUGAUUUGUGUAUAUAAUGCUACAUUUAAAUAUAUAUGUUAUAAACUAUUUAGUAAAACUUCUGGAGGAAGACAAACUGUUUAGUGCCGGUGGCUUGCAUUUUGAUGUUAUCACGUGCUUUUAGGAAUUGUAUGGAUUUUUGAAAUGUGAUUUGUGACUGUAGUGAAUGGAAUUUGUUGUCCUGUUUGAUGGAGAUGAAAGAAUUAUUCAAGUUGCACUUUGUUUGACCUUGUAUUUGUAGUUUAUCUUAAUAAAAUUUUCAAGGUAUUUGAAGUGUUU